AUGGAACGAAAGGUUCACAAAGAGGUUGAAGACAAUGCAGAGGUUUUGAGAUGGUCGGAGCAAUCCCAGUUGACUAACGGAGAUAGUUUGAAGCCUGGUUACGUGUCGGAGUUGUUUAGCUACACUCACGUCAAUGUGCGUCAGAAUGAUUUGAAUGAGCUCCAAGAGAUUUGGGAGAGAUGUGAAGCAGCUGAUCAAGAGAUAUUCUAUCAGUUGUAUGGCGACAUAUCUUACCUUCUGGAUGUUCCAAUCGAUCGAAAUCUGUUUAGGGCCCUGGCGCAGUUCUGGAAUCCCGGUUACAGCUGUUUUACGUUCGGAAGAGUGGAUGUGACGCCAACAAUAGAAGAGUAUCAAGCUUUGCUCCGGUGUCCGAGAGCUCAAGCGGAUAGGGUCUAUACCAAGCCCCCGGUCACUCUUUCGUUCAAGAAGAAAUUGCUAUCGAUAACUGGAAUGAGUGAGGAUUGGGUUGUAAAAAAUAUUAAGAAGAAAGGGGACAGUGAAUGCUUUCCUUGGUCCGCUCUGAAGGAAAUAAUCAAUCGUCAUCCUGAUCAGAGAAAAAAGCUUGACCUACUUGCUUUAGGGAUUUAUGGGCUUGUUAUCUUCCCAAAGGUGUUAGGAUACAUAGACGUAUCAGUGGUCGACCUGUUCGAAAGAUUGGACAAGCAUGUGGAUCCUGUUCCCGCUAUCCUAGCAGAGACAUUUCGUUCUUUGAGUUCUUGCAGACGAGAGGGAGAAGGACGCUUUAUAGGAUGUGCACCCCUACUGCUAGUGUGGAUCCUCAAUCAUUUCAAGCACGUCGAGAGGGCGCCAGGUCGAGUGUUUCUAGACGGGUUUUCACCUUUGAAAGAUUUCCUUUCAAAAGAUUGGCCUGGAGGUUUUACCGAAGAAAAAUGGAUGGUAAUCUUCAAAGAUAUCAGAGACGGUGAUGUUCUAUGGCGAGCUUCUUGGAAUGUUACUUCGGACAUACUUUAUCGGUGUGGAGAGCGGGAUUGGGUCCCUUUGCCAGGUAUAUGGGGUUAUGUUGGAUAUGCACCUCUGUUGGUUUCCAGACAAUAUGGGUCAAGGCAGUUCAUUCUAGCUACGAGGGACUUGUUAGGGUCAGAUUUUGCAUUCAAGGGAGAUCAAUACAAGAACAAAGUCAGAGGGGUUGCUGAAGCUUGGAAACAGACUCGUCGUGUGAAGUUGUUCACCUACGAUCUCGAGCCAUCACAAGAUUUCGAGCAGUGGAGAAGCAGUCGAAGACUGCAUUACGAUGAUAUCGAAACAAGGAAAGUAGCUCGAGCCAGGGAGAAGUUGAAAGUUUGA